AUGUUGUGCUCAGUUAGUUUGCUGGAUGAGACAAUUGAGAAUGUCACUCUUGUAAAAUACGCCAAAGGAAGAUGUCUACUUGAGGAGGUUUGUCAUCGUUUAAAACUAACAGCAGAAAURGAYUAUUUUGGYUUGAAAUUUUGUGAUAAAACUGGGCAAGAAAGUUGGUUGAAUAUGCGAAACGAGAUCCGAAAGCAAAUGAGCAAGGCGUCCAUUUAUAGGUUUCACUUAAGAGUGAAGUAUUUCGUUAAYCAAAGUCAAAUAAUUCAAGAAAAUACGAGGCAUCAGAUGUUCUUGAAUGUGAGGCACAACUACGUCAACGGCAAGUAUUUCCUGUCACGUGACCGGCUACCUCGAUUUCACGCUUUACUUUUACGUAGUGAGCAUGGCGAAGACGCGUUGACCGCUGUCACCAAUCACCCAAUCAUCAUGGAAGAAUGGAWCAAAGAAGAGUGUGGGUCGCUGGUUGGACUAAGGGCUGAGCAUGCGCGCUUGACAGGAGUUUCCAAAGUUGAAGCAGAAAAGCUGCUUUUGACUGAGAUAGAGAUGCUCGAGCCUACAUAUGGAGCAGAGAUUUUCCGUGCCAUAAAUGGUCAUCAAGAUCACGUGACUAUUGCAGUGUGCCGCGAUGCUGUACGUGUCUAUGGUAACGACAAAUCUCUUAUUGACGAAUAUGAUUAUGAGUCAGGCGUUUACCCAUCCACCAAAGACACAAACUUCUUCAUCGAGGUCCAGGAAGAUUACAAAUGCUACAAGAUCACCUACAAACUAGACAGUACUACAGCAGCCAGGAAUCUUCUCAGAACAACAAUUGAAUUCUGCACCUUCUUUACCCAUGACACCGUGAGUGACUGGGUUCUAGGCUCGUAUAAGAGGUCCAGCGCUAUUAAAACUGUGACGUCGUUAAUUAAACAUCAGAUAGUCGACACCAAGUAUAAAAGACCCAAGGUAUAUAGGUAUGACGUCAUGAAAACCGGACCAGAGGUCUUUGAGCAAGCGUGGAAGUAUGUUGCAGAGGAAAAGGCUAGUUCGAUUCAGGGAAAAUGUGGACUGCGCAUGCCAAGAAGACACAAACCGGAUUCGCUGCAGGAUACGGAAAGAUGUGCWGAAWCGCCUUCUAGUGAAACAAUUGCAAGCAGUUUGAGAAUGACUCCUUUGGCCAUGAAACAAAAACAAAUCUUUAAGGAGAGAUUUCAGUGUAAAAUCUGUAGAAAAGAGUACAAGACAUGCGCUUUUGUUCCGUGCGGACACGUAGUUACGUGUUGGGGAUGCGCACUUAUGUGCGAAACGUGUGAUGAUUGCGGCGAAUACGUAGAAAGCGUAAAGCGCGUGAAGUAUCCAUAA